CGGCAAAUUAUCAAGAACCCAAAAAAAGCUAAAAAAAAAAAAAAGCUAAAAGAGAAGUAGCGAUGGUAGCUGCUUCAGCCACAACGCCGGCGUCUCAUCUUCUCUUCUCCAGCUCCCAAGCCAUCUCCCGUUUCACCCCUUUCCACACGCUAUCCUCCUCAUGCCCCACCGCCGCCGCAAUCAGCGGCGCCGCCGCCAGGCGGAGGAACUCGGCCGCCGGAGGCGGAGGAGUGCGGUGCAUGGCCGUGGCGGAGGGGGCGGCGACGAGGAAGAGGAGCGGGUACGAGAUUCAGACACUGACUAACUGGCUGCUGAAGCAAGAACAGGCGGGAACCAUCGACGCAGAGCUUACCAUAGUUCUUUCGAGUAUUUCAAUGGCGUGCAAACAGAUUGGCUCACUUGUUCAGAGGGCUGGCAUUUCUAACCUAACUGGUGUUCAGGGUGCUGUAAAUAUACAGGGAGAGGAUCAGAAGAAGCUUGAUGUUGUCUCCAACGAGGUUUUCUCUAAUUGCCUGAGGUCGAGUGGAAGAACAGGGAUCAUAGCAUCGGAGGAGGAGGAUGUUCCAGUGGCGGUGGAAGAAAGUUACUCCGGCAACUACAUUGUCGUUUUCGACCCUCUCGAUGGAUCAUCCAACAUUGAUGCAGCUGUCUCAACCGGCUCCAUUUUCGGCAUAUACAGCCCUAAUGACGAAUGCUUAGCCGACAUUGAAGCCGAUGCCACACUAGACAGUGUGGUACAACGGUGCGUGGUGAACGUUUGCCAGCCAGGAAACAACCUUCUUGCAGCCGGCUACUGCAUGUACUCGAGCUCGAUCAUAUUCGUCCUCACUAUAGGCAAAGGGGUUUUCUCGUUCACAUUGGAUCCCAUGUUCGGAGAGUUCGUCCUUACGCAGGAGAAUAUUCAGAUACCUAAAGCGGGAAAGAUCUACUCGUUUAACGAAGGGAAUUACCAAAUGUGGGACGAUAAAUUGAAGAAGUACAUCGAUUCUCUUAAGGACCCUGGUCCUAGCGGUAAGCCGUACUCUGCUAGAUACAUUGGAAGUUUGGUGGGUGAUUUCCAUAGAACACUUUUGUACGGUGGAAUUUACGGUUACCCGAAAGAUUUAAAUAGUAAGAAUGGGAAAUUGAGGCUUUUGUAUGAGUGUGCUCCGAUGAGUUUUAUUGUGGAGCAAGCUGGUGGGAAAGGGUCCGAUGGGCAUGCGAGAGUUCUCGAUAUUCAGCCGACCGAGGUGCAUCAGAGAAUUCCUUUGUACAUUGGAAGUGUGGAUGAGGUGGAGAAAUUAGAGAAAUAUUUAGCUUGAAAUGACAUAUUGUAAAUGUGGAUAAAGUUUCAAUUUUGAUGAACAUGCUUUGGUUCUUAAAGUUAAUUCUUUUUCUGCAAGUGAAAUUUUUACUAUGAAUCAUGUAAUAUUUGGGAAAUCGAAGGAAUCAAUGGUUCAAAAGGUGAUUAAUUAUUCAUUUGCUC